CUACACUAUUUAAGUGGAGUAGAUUGAUAUGUUUCUUUGGCAGUGAAAUAUGGUGUACACAUCCAAAGCUAUCGUUAUUAGAUGUAGAGUUAAAUGUGGUUUAAGCUAUACGCUAGUUUCGAUUUUUAGAAGUCCUACAUAUGAAUAUGAAAUAUGAAUGAACAAAAUCUUUGAAAUUGAUGACAAACGUAUCCUUGUAACAUACACAUCCACGAAGCACCGUAAGGUGUUGAUGGACAUGUCCUUGUACAACACAUAAGUAAAAAAAAAUUAAUAGUAAUUAUGCAUAUUUUUGGUUUUCACAUGUUAUAUGUCCGGAAAAUUGAUAUGUUAUCUCUCGAUUUAGUUAUCAUGUUUCUAACAUCUAUAGUAUUCUCUCGGUAUUCGACAAUGCAUUCGUGAUUUGAGGGUGAAUGAGUUUAGUAGAGUACAACGACUAAUUGAUUGAAAAACUACCAUGCAUUAACUCAUUUCAUCUCCAAUUGGCACUUAAGUCAAUCCAUUCCAUUCCAAAUAUACCACCCUUUAUUGGAACAAAGUAGAGUGAAUUGGUAUUGCAAAGGAUGAAAAUUCUAAAAAUCCAAAGCCCACCCAAUUUCAAUACCAAUGUGGGCUCCAGAAACCCAAAACCAUGAGAAAAAAAAACUAAAAUUCCAAAGCCCAAUAGGCGGGCCCAGCAGUUCAACCACACCACGACGGCCCACGGCACCAUUUCUAAACGCUGUCGUCUCGUCCUCAUCCCCUCCCCACAUUGGGCCUUAGUUCACGAAUCGGAUAAACAUCAAAGAGGAAGAGACGGAAUCCAAAUAGGGUUUGUUUAUGGACCCGAAAGUCCAUACUAAACUGGAUUUGAUAAUUCUCUCUCUCUCUCUCUCUCUCUCUCUCUCUCUCUCUCUCUUUUUAUCCCUCUCCCUUAUCUCUUCAGAUGUAAGGAGAAAGAAGAGUAAAGCGAGCUUUUCCCCUUUCUCGAGCCCUCAGCUCCAAUUAAGCCCUUUCUUCAGCUGGAUCUGUUUGGCUCCUCAGAAAAAAGAAGGCCCAAAUCCUUUCGCUCCUCCCUUCCAUCCCCAGAAAAUCCACAGAUCUCUCAGUCUCUCUCUCUCUCUCUCUCGCGGUCUCGCCCCGGCUCCAUUGCUGUUCCCUCGUGUGUCUCUUCGCAGUCUUGGGGUUUGUUUAGGGGUGGGGAAAAAAUUGGAAGUAUAACCAAAACCCUAGAUCUCGCAGAGCCCAUCGGAGCUUGGUUGGGCCCCCGAUCUUCCUACCUUCCGUCCUCUCUCUCUCUCUCUCACAGUCGCGCGAAGAUCAGCGUUCCCUCCCUUUUUUUUUUCAAUUGUCCGGUAAAUUAGCUCUUAACCCUAACUUUUCUCAGCUCUUAAUUUGAUAGUUUUUGUUCCCCUUUCGCUUUCCAUUUUGAUUUUGAUUGGUUCCGUGUUUCUGUGGUCGUUGAAUUGCGUUAUUGUUCAAUUCGUUUCAUUUCUUGAGCUCGUUCCGGUUUUCAAUUAUGGUGUUCUUGAAGCUGCGCUGUUGCUUCGGGGCCGGCGUUUCCUUUUGGUGUGCGAAUUUAACGAGUAGUUCUGUGAAUUUCGUAUCUCGAGCUUCAGAGUUUUCUGGGGUUUCGAAAUUUGGAACUAAUUUUUUGAAAAAAAUUUGGAGGUAAAUGAUAUUCUUUUUGGAGGGAAAAACGACGGUCGGCCAGUCAGUUGGCGAUGGGUGCCCUUUGUUCCUUUCUUUCGGGUGUGCUUUUUUUUUUAUGGCUGUUCGGCCGGCCGAUGACAAGCCCAACCGAGGGGAAAAGGAAUUGGCAGUAGAUCUGCUUCAACCCUUCGUUGACCCGGCUUAGCCUGCUUGCGAAGCGCUUGCCCACUUUACCCUUUAACUGCCACGUGAGGGCGCUAGUUGUUGUUGUUGUUGUAUGUUGUAACUAUCGAUUAUGGGCCUACGCUAUUGGUGAACCCUUCUUGGAAGGCCCGAUAGCGAUCGAGUUCGUAAGAGAUUUGCUGGUUGACGGUUGUUCUUCUUAUUCAUAGAAGAAAAAAGGCGUCGCCUUUAGGCCAGUAAGACCCGAAUGCCUUUCGUAUGUGUUUGUCUUUGCUUAAUUGCUUCCCUCCCUUUUUUCUUUUGCUGUUAUACUGUGUUUUUUUGGUUGCAAGUUAGCGUUAGCAUUAGCAUGUCUCUUUGGUAGUUAAGCUAUUUGUUGGAGGAAACAUAAGCUCAUGUGGUCUGAACGUGGGCAGAAGUAGUUGGCGAUAGCUGAUUCAUCAAAAUGGGGAUACUGGCUGAGUUAUUUGUCAGUUCAUUUGAUUGCUUCUCGCAGUGGAUGUUAUACAAUCACAAUGGAUGUUAAACAAUUCUUGUCUGUUCAUUCACAUUGGUCUCCUAAUGUGUUUGUCAACUUUACUACAAUAAUGUGUUUUACCAUCAAAUGAUGCUAUCUUAAUAGUUGAGGGAAGUUUUCACUUGUGUCCUAAUCUGGGUUCUCUGUGAAUAUAUUUUGCGCAUUGGUUGAUGAUGAGGAUUUGCUGCUCACUUACAGCUACAGUGUAUUUCAUUGGGGUACCUGAGAUUUUUGCUGAAUGAUUGAAGUGAAUCUGUGUUUUGUUCCAUAAAGCAGGAUUUUAAUUUGGUGAGAGAGAAUGACACCUGCUGAAGAAAGUAGCACUGGACUGUCAGACACUCCAGCUCCAGCUGUUGAGGGAAGCAAGCAGCCCUCGUCUCCUCAAGAAGGAGAAAAGAGUGUAGCAGCCCCUGAAGAGAAUAAUCAGACAGUGCCAUCACAAGAUGAGACAAUUGUGUCAAAGGAAGAGGAUAAUCAAAAGGUGGUUCCAAAAGUAGAGGACAACCAAAAGGUGGCGACUCAAGAAGAGGAUAAUCAAAAGGUGGCACCACAAGAAGACAGUGAUAAGAUGGAGUUGCAGGAAGAGAAGAACCAAGAGUUGGCAGCUCAAGAUGACAAAGAGAAGAUGGAGUCACAAGAGCAGAACAAUGAAUUGGUACCCCAAGAAGAAGAUACAAAUCAGAAGCCUGUAACUGAAGAAGGGAGCAACGACCAAACAGAUGUGUCACAAGAUCAGAGUAAUCUGACAUCAGUCCCAGACGAGCAGAAAAAUCAGGAGUUGCCAUCACACGAAGAGAACACCCUGGAACCGGUGCUACAAGAAGAAGAUAGCAGUCAGAGGUUGUCGCCACAAAAAGAGCACGAUCAGACAUUGGUAUCACAGGAAGAGAACAGUGGGAUGUUGGUGCCACAGGAGGAGUACAAAGAGACCGUGGUGACCGAGGCGGAAGACUGUGAGAUGGCAGAACCCCCUCAGGAGAGCAGUCAGAUAGCGGUGCCCCAGGAGAACAGUGAGAUGGUGGUUACAGAAGAGAAGAGUGAGCUGUUGGUGCCCCAGGAGGAUCACAAUGAGAUGGGGGUAACAGAAGUAGAGAUGACUGAGGUAGCUGAACCCCAAGAGGAUCACAAUGUAACGGUGGUGACUGAAGAUGCGAAGAGUGAGGUGGUAAUGCACCAGCAAGUGAACAGUGAGAUUCUGGUGACUGAGAGUGAGAACAGUCAGAAGGUGCUGCCCCAGCAGGAGAACAGUCAAAUUAUGGUGGCUGAGGAUGCGAACAUUGAUGUGGCAGCCCCCCAAGAGGACAGCACUCAGUUGGUAGUGCCCCAGGAGGAGAACACUCAGAUGCCGACAUCACACGCCAACACUCAGAUUGAUAACAGCAGCCAAAUGAUGUCGACACACGAACACCACAUGGUGGUGUCUCAUGAAGAGAACCACCACCAGAUGCUGAUGCCACAUGAUGAGAACAACAAUGAUCAUAUAAUUGAAUGCAACCAUCAUCACAUGGGCGACCAGCUGAUGCUGAUGGAAGAAGAUAACCACAACAACCAACUGAUGAUCCAUCAUGAUGAUGAUAACAACAAUCAGCUGAUGCUCCCCCAUGAUGAUGAAAACAGUGACCUCGUAACUCCCGACUCGCGGCCUAACAAGCGAAGGAGGAAGAAGUCUGUGGUCUGGGAACACUUCACCAUUGAGACAGUUGCGGAUGGAUGUAGAAGAGCUUGUUGCAAGCAGUGCAAGCAGAGUUUUGCAUACAGCACGGGUUCCAAGGUCGCUGGGACCAGUCACCUGAAGCGCCACGUAGCAAAGGGCACAUGUCUAGCCUUACUCCGGAACCACGGACAUCCUGAAAUGCUGACGUAUAAUAGUACCCCUGGAGGUUCAACUAGCGACCCACCAAAACGCCGGUAUAGAUCUUCCUCAUACUUCGCCUUUGACUCUGACCGAUGCCGCCAUGAGAUUGCAAAGAUGAUCAUCAUGCACGAUUAUCCACUUCACAUGGUUGAACAUGCCGGAUUCAUGAAUUUCGUCUCAAACCUCCAGCCUCGAUUUGGAAUGGUGAGCUUCAACACUGUCCAGGGGGAUUGUGUUGCUACUUACUUGAGGGAGAAGCAGAACGUGAUGAAGUUUAUUGAAGGACUCCCUGGACGCAUUACCCUUACUCUGGACACGUGGACUUCCUGUGAUAGCUUAGGCUAUGUAUUUAUCACUGGGCACUUUAUUGAUAGUGAUUGGAAGCCGCAGAAGAGGAUGCUGAACGUAGUGAUGGAGCCGUAUCCUGAUUCAGAUGCUGCCCUGAGCCAUGCAGUGGCGUGUUGCCUUUCUGAUUGGAGCUUGGAAGGUAAACUGUUCUCCGUCACCUUUAACCACCCCGUGGGAGAAGCUGGUCUCGAAAGUCUUCAAUCUCUGUUGUGUAUCAAGAAUACACAGAUUCUCAGCGGCCAGCUGGUGCUUGGCAACUGCAUCUCAUACACCUUGACCAGCAUGGCGCAAGAGUUAUUGUCAGCAUGUCAAGAUCUUGUGUCGAAAAUCCGCGACAGCGUGAAGUAUGUGAAGACCCUCGAUUCCCACCAGGCGAAGUUUCUUGAGCUCAAAGAGCAGCUGCAAGUCCCAACUGAAAAGAAUCUCCGACUCGACGACCAGGCUCAGUGGAACACGACGUAUGAAAUGCUGCUUGCUGCUUCGGAAUUGAAAGAAGUAUUUUCAUGCUUGGAUACCUAUGAUCCUCACUACAAGGAAGCACCAUCGAUGCUGGAGUGGAAGCAAGUUGAAACGAUUUGCUCACUCCUGAAAUAUCUGGUUGAUGCAGCUAACCUUCUCUCAUCCUCGACCAACCCAAUUGCAAUCACUUUCUUCCAUGAAGCCUGGAAGAUUCAAAAUGAGCUUUCUCGACUAGCUGCUAUCGGAGAUCCUUUCAUCAACAACUUCAUCAUAGGACUGCAGGACAAAAUCGAGAAAUAUAUCAAAGAUUGCAGCUUGGCUUUAGCAGUUGCAGUAGUCAUGGACCCUCGGUUUAAGAUGAAGCUGGUCGAGUUCAGCUUCUCGAAGAUAUAUGGUGAUGAUGCUCCUGCAUACAUAAAGAUCGUCGAUGAUGGGGUCCAUGAUUUGUUCAAGGAGUACGUGGCGCUGCCUCUACCACUGACACCAACUUACGAAGAAAAUGCAGACCCCAAUCUAAGGAAUGACGAGAACCAGCUCGGGGCAGCUGUGGACAACGGCCUGGCAGAUUUCGAUGUGUUCAUCAUGGAGACCACGAGCCAACAGACGAAGUCGGAGCUGGACAUGUACCUGGACGAUUCAUUGCUCCCGAGAGUGGCGGAAUUCAGUGUGUUGGGAUGGUGGAGGCAGAACAAGAUGAAGUAUCCAACACUGUCGAAGAUGGCUCGAGACAUACUGAGCAUUCCCGUGUCUACUGCAACAGCGGAGAACGUGUUCGACACUGUGCUGCCGAGAGCGAUAGAUCGGUAUAGAACCUCAUUGAGGCCCGAGACUGUCGAGGCACUCGUGUGUGCUAAGGAUUGGCUUCGUCAUGGGGCGGCUGCGGCAGCAGCAGGUGUUGGACCGAGUGAGUUAGUGGUGAAGAUGGAGUUUUAGGUUUGGUAGGAAUGUAUGAGAGCUUAUGUGAGUAGUGAUUAUGGCUCCUUUCUUUUGUGUAUCAUUAGUUGGACAAGGUAGUAAUGUAGGUUGGGUCCUGGAUUUGUAAUUUUGGUCGACGGAAGGUGUACUUCAUUUGCUAAUGGCGUUGUUACGCUUGUGUAGCUAAUGGUUAACUCAGACUUAAUUUUGUCUUAGUGUGUCUCAGCCUAUUGAUUUAGACUAUAUUGAUCACUAUAAAUGUGAUAUUCACAAAAAAAUGAUCACUAUAAAUUUGAGUAACAUUAGAUUUAGAACU